AUGUCUGGAUUAGAACAAUUUUCCCUUCGUUGGAAUAACUUUCACACAAAUUUAUCCACUGGCUUUCACGAUUUAUUGAAAGAAGAACAACUUGUUGAUGUUACAUUAGCUACAGAAGGAAAAUUAAUUAAAGCUCAUCAAUUAGUGCUUUCUGUUUGUAGUCCAUUUUUUCGUAAGAUUUUUCAAAUAAACCCAUGUAAACAUCCAGUUGUUAUUUUAAAUAUUAAUUAUCAUGAUCUUCGAGAUAUCCUUACAUUCAUAUACCAAGGUGAAGUCAAUGUACGGCAAGAAGAUUUGGCUGGGUUCUUAAAAGCUGCUGAACUUCUUCAAAUUAAGGGAUUGACAGGCGAUGAUCAUAAACAGGAUACUAAAUCUCAUGAAAAUACAUCAAAAAACCUACCUCAAAACGAAGAAAAUAAUUACAAGAAAAUCGACAAUUACCCGAUAAAAAUCGAAGAAACUCAUCAACCACCUGUAAAAAGGCCAAUAACAUUACCGAAAUCACCCAAUUAUGUGCCAAAUUUUAAAAAGAAACGUCCAUCAUCUAUACCAAAUCAUUAUGACUUCAAAACAUUCAAUCAAUCACAAUUUUUAAAUGAAAAUUCAGCAGAUUCAACUAGUGAACAAAGAUAUUAUACAGCUAAUGUUAUAGAUUUACAAUCAAGUAUUGCAGAUUCGAAUAUCGAUGAAAAUAGUAUGAAAAGUCAUAUUGAAUCAACACCGGACGAUAUUUCCGAUUCUGAAAAUUUUCAUAUUAAAUCUGAAAUCGAUGUAGAUGAUACUUUAAUUAGUAAUCACUCAUCAAAUUUGGAAAGCUUGAUGUCACUCCAGGAAAAAGAAAACGGUAUAUUUUAUUCGAUAGAUAAUAUUAGAGAAGAUCCAGUAUAUUUCCAUUGUUCACUUUGUAAUAAAAAAUUUGUGAACCGUUAUAAUUUAAAAAUUCAUAUGCGUGAUAAACAUAGUCCAGCCGAGCAAGAGUCACUUACAUGUGAAUUAUGUGGUAAAACAAUGCGAAAUCAAAGUUGUUUACGAGUACAUAAAUAUAAUCAUAGGAAACAAACUCAAAUAUUAAAUUAUCCACUUGUUUAAUACAAGUUAUACUCAUAAAUUAGUAAAUGGUUCUAUUCAAAUCGUACCCAUUUUAGAUAUUGAAAGCUCGCUGAUUGUAAUAAACUUUAAACUUUAAAUCUAUCAUUCAAAGAUUGUAUUUCGCUUUUAUCAACGAGAUAUUUC